AUGGCCAGAAUCGUCACAUUAGGAGUUUUGUUCGUGAUAUGUCUCGGGACAGUACAUCCCCAAUUGGUUUGCUAUCAGUGCGAUGAUUGUGAGCUACAGCAAGAGAUCCCAAUCGUCUGUGGAGAUGUAGACUACACCACCACAUCACCUCCGGAUACAACCUGUCCCACCUGUGCUCCGGAACCUACGUUACCCACUACGCCGGAGUGGACAACUUCCACACCCGAUACUACGUGUCCAACCUGUGCUCCAACUCUUCCCACAACGCACAUCCCCACAACUUCGACACCUGACACCACAUGUCCAACCUGUGCUCCAACGCUUCCUACAACUCCCAUUCCGACAACUUCAACACCUGACACUACGUGUCCCACGUGUGCACCGACUCUUCCCACAUCUCCCAUCCCGACAACCUCAACGCCAGAAGAAACCACGUUCCACACUUCCACUCCCGAUACCACCUGUCCUACGUGUGCCCCAACACUUCCCACUACGCAUCCUCUCACCACCUCAACACCGUUGUCCACUGUGACAUUGCCGCCUCCAACGCCUACGACACCUACCCCGCCGUCCUGUCCCGCUGGGUGUUGUCCAUGCUUUAGCGAUCGUUCCACCUCCAUCUUUGCGAUGGCAGCUAAGGCCACCAAGAACUCUCUGAUGGAUGAGUUCGAAGAUGAAAUUCGUGCACCGCGUCAGCUACCACUUCCGGUCUACGUGUGCUACACUACCGAACGAUUUGUGAACCAACGGCGCGUAAUCAGUCGGGGUUGUACCAAGCGACAGCAGUCGGUCACCGACACCUGCACACAGCUCAGUGGUGGACAAUCGUACGAACAGUGUUCGCUCUGCUCGUGGCAGCUGUGCAACCGAUAG